AUGACUGUUAUGUACAAGUUCGUUCUCCUCGCCUCGGUCGCUCUUGCCGUCUCAGCCGCCCCUAUCAGCACCCCCGCCCGCCACUCGACCGCCGUCGACCUCAGCAUUGCCAGCCUUGCCCAGGCCCCCACCUUCUCCUCCAACUUUGUCGCCCGCGCCGAUAAGGGUCACGAGGGUCACGAGGGUCACGAAGGCCAUAAGGGUCACGAAGGCCAUAAGGGUCACGCAGCUGAUGGCAGCUCUGCUUCCCCUGCUGCCACCCCUACCGAGGACGGCGACAACGAUAACAGCUCAGCCACCCCUAGCCCCACCCAUACCAAGGGCGGUCACAACGAUACCAGCUCAGUCACCCCUAGUCCCUCUCCCACCAAGGAGGCUGGCUCCGGCGACGGCAACAACGAUGACAACUCUGUUUCCACCGAGGCUAGCGGCGGCGGCGACUUCUCUGGCCGCGGUACUUGGUUCACCGACUCCACCGGUUCGUGCGAGGUCCCCUUCGACACCAACGACCUGAUCGUCGCCAUGAACGCGGACCAGAUGGACGGGUCCUCCCAGUGCGGCAAGUCCGUCAAGAUCUCUUACGGCGGCAAGACCGUCACCGCCAAGGUUGUCGAUACCUGCCCCUCCCAGUUCUGCUCCUCGGGUGCUUUGGAUCUCUCUCAGGCCGCCUUCAAGCAGCUGGCCCCUCUUAGCGUUGGUGUUAUUAACAUCAAGUGGCAGUUUGCUUAA